AUGCUUGCGUCCGUUCUCAAGGGAGUCCUGCGAUCAGAGGUCAACAAACAACUAUGCACCGAGGUCAAGAAAGGAAUUGAUGGAUUGGAACAAGUCCUGAGGACUAUGAAUGUUUCAUCCCAGAUCGACCGCUUUGCUGGCAUUGACUACUCCUUGGUGAAUCCGCCGGCCGUUGGUGCGGAUCGAUGUGAUGUGGACCUCAAGGGCGAAUUCUUCAUGGUUGGCAAACCCUCCCAAAGCCCUCUCCUCCCAGUCCCUUUCCACCUGCUCAACCAGUCAGACUCCAUGCUCCAGUUGGGGGUCUCCGACUUCUUUGUGAACUCUGCUGCUUCGGUGUAUUUCAAUGCCGGGGCCCUCCAGGUGAACUACACAGAUGAGAUGGUAAGCUCCGGAAAGGAGGCAACCGCCUUGAAAGGGAAAGGGAUCGAGGAGUCUUAG